GCUUAAUAAGAUUUUCUAAAGAAUAGUAUGAUCAAUGAAUUCAUGCACGAGUUGAUCACUUCACCCUUGCCAUACUCAAGAAAGCAACUUCUGUGGGCGUUUUAUCUUCUUCUUCUUCUUCUUUCAAGCUAGUAGACGAGUUUCAAAAAAAAUAUUUCUUCGAAAACUCAUCAUGGUGCAAGUAGAAUUCUUAGUAAAAGAUUGCACAGCAGAAGCAAGAAAUGCUAUUCAAGAAGAAUGCAAGAAUUUGCAAAUUGACGAUUAUAAAUGGGAUGACUCCAUCGGUCAAUUGAUUGUGAAGAGUUCACUCCCUCCUUCAGAAAUUCUUCAUCACUUAGAAAAUGCUACUUCCAAACCUAUUUUAGUUCGCGGUGCUAGUUCUCAGGAAGAGUCAGGAGUCAGUAUUCUCUAUGACAAUACAGAAGAUCUUUCAGCAGUUCCAAAAGUUCAUGGAUUAUGCAGAUUCAUCCCAACUGACAACCGAGUGUACCUGGACUUGAUUGGAACCCAAUUGGAACCCAAUACCGAAUAUGUCGCUGAAGUAGCCGUAUCAGGAGACAUCUCUCGUGGACUAAAAUCUGUAGGCGGAACCUUUGCAUCCCUUGCAUCUAUGUCUUCAAACGAUACUGGAAAAAUUGUUUUUGCUCAAGAAGUCAAUGGUACCCUGCAGGAUUGGAUUGGUCAUGCGUUCGUACUCAAAGCGUCUAAUGAUUCUUCCAAUGGUGUCUUAGGUAUUAUUUCCCGUAGCGCUGGUGUUGGUCAAAACACAAAAAUUAUUUGCGCCUGCUCCGGAAAGAGUUUGUGGGAGGAGCAUGCUGAAAAUAAUACCUCUUCAUCAGAAGCGUCUUGCUGCAAAAAGGAAGCUCCUAAAAAGAAAUGUUGCUGCUAAAGCGUUAAAUUAUUUUUUGAUUUGCUACUAAUAAAAGUUUUAUACCCUACCAACGGAUUGUUUGAACGAGUGAUAAUGGAACAUACUGGGUAACAACUAGUUUUUCUCUUUUCUGAGUGGAAAUGUUACUAAGUUAAACUUCUCAUCGUUGUUUAUGAAUGAUACUCCUAUUUGCUUUUAAAAAAUUCAACAUAAAAAUAAUCGGCUUUAUAUUAUCAGACUAUGAAAGAACAAAGGGUAUUCAUAUAGCGAAUGGAUGGAUUAUGUCUAGUAAAUGCGUAAAAUUCAAGAAAGGAGUGUCAACCCGAAACAGUAUAGCGAACGCUUCAUGAAAUAAAGACUAUCCCGUACAACCCUAACUCAUACUUUCAUUUAAACACGGCAAGAUAUCAUAACUCAUUAGAAACUGGCAAUUGUUCAAAAGCAAAGACAAAGACCGUUUCCGUGGAUGCCUUUAUCAAAUGUAUAGCAUAAUGCCUUUCCAACAUUUUACUUAUUCAAUAUGGAAAUCCAGGUUCCAAGAAACAUCCCCAAGACUGUAUUAAGACAUGAGUUAUUGAGUGUAAGAGGAAACAAAAACAAUUCAGGUCAUAAUGAUGUUGACCUAUGUUUUGAAUUUUGAAAGAGAACCGUAACGCUUUUAAAAGCACCCAUUCUAACGGGAACCAAAACGUCUCUUACCAAUAUCAAAGGGCACAUAACGGUAUUUCAACAUGUGUUGAAUUUGUCUACGGAAGCAAAAGAAUGAUAAAACGAAAUAGUAAACGACAAGGACUGGCCAAAAGACAGGAAUGUCAAAGACUCGCAACAUACUAGCUACCAAGGCCAUAAUCGUAGCACGAGUACUAGAGUACCAAAAAUUGAAUUCUGGCAAACGACGAAUAAAUGGUCGGAAUUCAUCAUCUUUGGUCGUAGGUAAAACGCCUUCUUCCGUCUCUUCAUCUCGCAUGGCUUGCUCCAGGCUGGGAUCAAAUUUGGGUGAUAAGAAAAGCAAGAAUAAGUUCAACAAAUAUAUACCCAGUGUGUAGCAUACAAUAUACCAACCACGAACUAUCAAAAUACGAAUAACGAACAAAGAUAAGAGUCCAGCGAAAGACAUCCAUCUUUGAUUUGUAAAUGGAAUCGUGCGAUCCACCCAGAAUUGGUAUUGCUAAUUCAAAAGUUAGUGUUACUGUUUCAGACACUUCAUCAGCAGAACUUACCCUUCCUAAUGCGCUCCUUCUUUCUUGUACAUUUUCGAAUGCGUUUUGUAUUGAUUCCAUAUCGAAAGUUUAUAUGCAGACACUUUUUCCUGCUGUUUGUUGCAGAUAGGUUUGUUUUGGUGAAUCCCAACUGGGUUGUAGGAUAGAGAACAGUUACACGUCUUUAUGUGCAUCACUAGACUACGGUAUCUUUUAUAACGUAGUGUAUAUAUCCAUGGUAAUAAACAAACAAACAAAAUAAGAGCAAUUAAGAAGAUUGUCGACGUCUAU